CCCCCCACCCCGGGAGCUGGUGGUGGGGAGCUGGGAGCGAAGUGGUUUUGGAGGACUUGGAGGAGCUCCCGGUGCUCUGGCCUGGCUGCGGCCCCCGGGAAUGCUCCUGCAUCGCCCCCGGUGAGGAGGGUAAGCACGGACCCCGCUGCGAGCAGGGAAGGGCAGCCCCAAAACUGCAGCUGGUGAGGGAGGACCGUGGGGUUUGCUCCGGAGCACGGCUGGCCAGGUCCUGGAUGCGCGGAAUCUCCCUGCGCCCCUCUCGGUGUGACCCGUGUCAGGCGCUCCCCAAUUUUCUUGCAGGCGGCUGCGAAGCCCCCGGAGCAGUGAUGGAGCCCCCCUGGCUGCGGAGCUUCGACAAGCCGUGCCGCCUCCUGCUCCACACGCUCGCCUCCGGCUCCUCCGGGACGCUGGCUGCCCUCCGAAUGCUGCAGCGGGGCCAGGCCCACGAGGGAGCGGGGCAGGCGUUUCCCUGGCAGCCCUUCAUCGCAGCCCUGUGUGCUGAGGAGCCCACGCUGGAGGGGCCGGAGGCGGCCCUGGCUCUUAAGCCACGGCUGCUGCUGCUUCCCGUCAUGUGCCAGAGAAACCUCUUCUCCCUGCUCCUCGUGGUGCGAGCCAUGGUGCCAGGGGGCUGCCUGGGCCAGCUGCUCCAGGCUGUGGAGCAGGAUUCCCAUGUGGAUCCCUGGGUGCGGGCACUGGGGGAUCUGCUCCAGCAGGGACCAAGGGGAGAGGAGCGCUCCCCACCUCCCACUCCCUUGUCUUCUGUGUGCCAGCAGCAGCUUAGCUGCCUGUGCCAGAAAAUCACCCAGAACAAACCAGAGGGGCAAAGAAAACUGAACUGGUGCUUCAGCAAGCAGCCCGGUGCCGCUGGGGAUGUGGCUGAAACUAUGCUUCAAGAUGGGAAGCACAAGAAAGUGUUGGAGGAGAGCCUGGAUUUGGACAGGGAGAGAGAGGGAAAGGGGUUGCUUCUGGAGGAGGUGGUGUUUGACCCCCCGGGAGCCCAGGAGGCUGGGGAUGUGGCAGGGAUGGAAGAGGAGGUACCUGCGGAGCCUUCAGGGGACGGAUCUGCUCAGAACCUGGAUGGAGCUGCUCUGGAAAGCUCGGAGCAGGAUGCAGCCGGGGAGCCCAGGAAGAUUCCCCAGGCAGAGCUGGCAGCAGAGGUCCAGUCCUUUCUCCAGAUGCAUGGACAGAGGCUGAAAAUGCUGCUGCAGCAGGAGUCUGACCGCUCAGAUCUGAGCAUCCCGCUGGAGGUGUACGUCCUGAACAGCUGCUCUCCCAGCCAGCUUGAGGGGCUGUGCUCCUUCCUCCAGCUCUCCAUGUGCCCGGAGCACCUCCUGGUGCGUUUCUGCAGCUGGCUGUUAGCUCUCACCCCCAACCUCAGCUACACCAGCGCGGCCGUCUUGGCAGAGCAGCUCUUCCUCAGGCGAGUCCUGUCCCUCACCCAGCCACCCUCCCGUCACCUCAUGGCUGCCCUCGCUUCGUUUUGCUCCAAGUAUUCCCAGCCCUUCUGUGAAGUCCUGGUGGCUGCGGUCCUACGGGAGCCUGGGGAAGGUGCUGAGCAGACCAAGCUGGUGUGCGAGCUUGUGGAGGAGUGCCUGGAGCCAGACUGUGUACGACUGGUGCUAAGCCAAGUCCUAGAGAUGCCUUUGACAGAGAAGCUCCUGCCAGUGCUGCAGGCUGUGCUGGAGCGGCAGGAGGUGCUGCCCCCCGAGCCCUUUGAACUCCUGGUCCUGACUCUGUGCCGGCAGGCCCCAGUCUUUGCCACGUCACUGAAUUAUGCCAAGCUGGUGACAGCCAUGCUCACCAUGUACCAAAGCCAGGUCACCCCAGCCCACCGGAGCAGUCUGGCUGCUGCUCUGGAUCAGAGCAAUGCGGCCCUGAAGAAAUCACUGCAGGCCAUUCUGGAAGGAGCCAGGUGAGGUGAGCGCCAGAGGGAACUGCGAGAUAAUAGCUUCCUUGGGCAGAGGAUGCUUGCAGGGUGGUGGUGGCUGCAGCCCAGUCCCUCACUGGGGCUCACCACCAGCGUGAUGGAGACGCAGCAACGUGGGCUGCUGCACACACAGCCCCCAUGCCUCAGCCCAGGGCCUUGCAGGUACCUCAGGCUCAGCCAGCCUGGUUUGAGGUGAGCAACGCCAUCCCAGCCCCACACACGCCCCCAGGCUUGAAGAUGAGGGUUUUCUUGGUUAAACAAUGAAUAUCUUUCCAGUCAUCUCCGCCUUUGGACUGGCUGUGGGCUGUGAGAGUCUGCCACCACAGGCACCUUGCCACACUCAAGAUGGCGCCUCCCGCCUUCCCACCCUGCCACGCUCAAGAUGGCGCCUCCCCGCGUGUCCCAAGAUGGCGGCAGAGGGGGGACGGCAGCUCAGCUCGCCCAGCUCCGGCCCCGUGGGCACCCCGCAGCCCAGCUCACCCCCACAUCACGCAGGGCCCAUGAGUGGGAGGGGUGGCUAGGCACAUAAAGAUGGUUUGUGCCCCAAACGUGGCUUUAUUUUAAGCGGGAAAACAAACAGUCCUUAGUUUUGCAUUGUCAAUGGGGUAGCGUUGCCUGAAGUGGGGCUGCAGCGAGCCAGGGCCCCUCAGAGAGUCGAGGGUGCCUGUUCUCCCUGCGUGUUCUGUUAUAAGAAGGGGUUUGUGUCUCCGUGCCCCCUCAGCGGGCGGCCGGGGGCUGUGGAGAUGCUGAAACCCUUCGCUGCCAGGUGCCCUUGGCCAUGGCGAGCGGGCUGGGCGAGGCCAUGGCUCCUGCCUGGUAGCUUGUAAAUCUGAAGAGCUUGACUCCUGUGCCUUAUUGCUGUGGUUUGCAGGUGACCUGGCUUGUUUUAACCAACACAAAUCUGCAUCCUGGCUAAAAGCGGAGCAGCAGGGCUGCAGUGUUUCCCGUGUACCCGCGCCCUUGUCUUGUUCCUCACGCUGAGGAGCGCCAUGCCUACCCGGCCUCAGCUCUCCCUGAAGCGGCUGCUCCAGCUCUGCACGAGCUGGCAUGCCGCCCCUUCUCCUCGCUCACAGCCCGAUGGCCCAGGUGAAGAAUCAUCUUGUCCAAAACCUUUAUAUUUGAAAGUGUUUUUCCAAUAUUGUGGCCUGGAGCACCUGGCAGGCACCAUUGCACAGUGCAGCUCACAGGCCCUUAGUUCUUACUGCCCUGAACACGUUGCUGAAUGGAGACAGAAAUUAAUUUGAGGCUCUUGGAAGGUGAUAAUUGUGGACCAGGCAUAAUUGACCGUUGUGAUUUUAUCCUGGCUCAAAGGAGCCAAGGCACAAGUGGUAUGUUUUGCACGCGUCAGCGUUUCUCUGGUGGCUAAGCUGAUUUCUGGGUGGUGCAGCUGUGAUCUGCUGGGUCGUUUAUCUGAUCUGCUGGGAUUUACAGCUCUUGGGCUGCAAGAAAACAGGAUUUAGAUGAAGAGCUGGUUAACUUGAAUUUUCUGCUUUAAAUUUGCCUUUUUUUCCCUGUUCUGCCAGGGCCUGCGAGGGGCCCUGCAGUGUGUGUCAUGUUUCUGGUUCUCAAUGCGGUGAUGAUGAUGGUUCCCACUGCGAGGUGCUUAGGGAUAUGCUAAUAAAAAGUAGUUCUGUAGCA